AUGGAGUCAGACAUCUCACAAGCCUUCCAGAAAGAACUCACCUGCUUCAUCUGCCUGAAAUGCCUGACAGACCCAGUAACCAUAAGCUGUGGUCACAGCUUCUGUCGAGCCUGCCUCCACCUUUCCUGGGAAGACAUCCAACGUCCUGUCCAAUGCCCUAUGUGUAGGGAACUGUCCAAGAAGGAUUUGAGAACCAACAUUGUUCUGAAGAAUCUGGUGUCCAUUGUCAGACAAGCCAGCCUCAUGAAGGACCUGAGCUCUGAGGAGCAAAAGUGUGUGACCCACGAGGAUACUAAGAGAAUCUUCUGUGCUGAGAACAGGAUCUUCCUCUGUCAACUCUGCUCUAACUGUCAUGGGCACAGAGGACACAGACACUGUGCAAUCGAAGUAGCUGCUGAGGAUCAAAUAGUAAGUGAUGCUUCUGAGAGAACUUGCAAGCUGGAGAGGGGAAAGACUCUUGAAGCAAAUGGCAUCGUUAUGGGAGAAGAUCCAAGAAAAUCAAGAGAAUUUAGAGGCAGAGAACAGAAUGACAACUCUGUGGACUACUUGACUCUUCGGGAAGAAAUGAUCAGGACAGAGUAUAGGACUCUGCAUCCACUCCUCUGUGAAGAGGAAGAGAAACACAUUGAGUCUAUGAGAAACGAAGGCCAAUGUAUUUUAGAGAAACUCAGGACAAGUGAAGCCAUGAUGAUCCAAAAGAGCAAAGAACUAAGAGAAAUGUAUCAGGAGCUGAUGGCAAUGUCCCAGGAGCCAUAUGUGGUCCUGCUGCAGGGUUUGAACAACAUGUUCAGAAGGAGUGAGUCAAUGCAGCUGAGCAUGCCCCCAUCUGUGAAACCAGAACUCAAUGCCCUUCCCAUCACUGGACUGAAUGAAUGUUACAAGCACUUCCAAGAUCUAAAAGUCAAUUGUAACCUCACAGAGAAAGAGUAUCAGAUGAACCAGAGGUUAAAGGAGGACAGAUACAUUCAGGGAUCCACUUCUAGAGCAUAUUUAGAUUCUCCUUGA